CCUGCGCAGUCAUCGCGGUGGUCCAUAUUCUCAUGCGCGGUGGUGAUGCUGUCGUGAUCCACGCGUGGGAAACCCGCUGGGUCGUCUAACGAUCCAUCGAUUUUUCGUUUGAAUCGUUUUUUUUUUUUCCGCCCAAAGCUAUCGGUUCAUCCGAGAAAUGACCAAGAGGCCGAACAACUUGGGCCCCAUCACCAUGUGAAGGAGACGCGCUUGGUGUCCAUUAACAUCCCAUCAAUUACCAAAAUUAGGUGUUAUCCGAAUUAUCGAUAAAGCGGUGAAUAAAUUUUUGAAAAAAACCCGUUAAAGAAUUUUUGAAGAACCUGUUGACUGUGUUAUCCAUCGAUUUCCGAUCGAAAAUGUCCCAGCGAGAGCCGUCCCCGGGGUGCAGUAGUGAUAACGUUCAGAGGAAUCCCAGGAAGCAGAUGGACUCCAUGGAUCCUAAUGAUGAGGAUACACCACGCCGAAGCAGAAGGAAUCACCCAGUGGUGCAGGAUCCACGUCGAAGUCCCACGGAGUCACCACUGGAUCCGAUGUUCGAGUCGAUGAGACACCGAUCACGGGGAAAUCAGAUUUACCCAGUGGAAUCGACGUACAGUCCCGGUCGAAUGAUUCGCACCGAUUUGCCGGAGGCAAUUCCACCUGGGGGUCAUAUCGAUUCAAUGGAUUCACCGAAAUCCAGGGUGCAGUAUCCACAGAGUCAUCCUAACAAUGCCCAUUGUCAACGACUGCCCGCUGACACUGGCUACCUGCAGCAUUUGAUGAACGAACCCGAGGUGAAUAGUGAAACUGGGAGAACCAGUCGUCGUCCGUGCACUAUGGAGGAUAGAUAUCGUCAGAAGCACUCGAUCGAUGAGAGAUCAGUAAGCCCAACGUCGUCGUCAGACGCUACGGAAGUAUUCACGUCGCCGAGACACUCGAGACACCGUCAGCACUCGUCACACCGUCACCGACUGGCCAAUCAGUGCAAGGACACCAUCUACCAGGCAACAAUUUCUCCCCAGGUCCAUCCAUCUCCAUCAGGAAGACACCGGCAGAAUCACUGCCAUCGGUACCACGAAAUCGGUCAACCAACCUCUUGCUCACCGGUUUGUGAUUCUGGAAUAAAGGAGGACGAUGGAUCGUCAUCUGCAUUGUCUCAUCAUCGCGACAGAUUCUCAAGUUGUGAAGACAUCACUCUCUGUCCAACCAAUGGAAAUCAAACGAAUCACGGAAUUAUUACCGAUCAUCAUCGUAUGAGCUCGGGUGUAUCCUGCGAGUCAUCGACAUCAUCACCGAGCAUCAGAACUCGUGGUACCAUUGAGCAUUGCGUGACGGAUAGGCAUCGCAAUCAUCCACGGCAUACACAUGUGAUACAACCCUACGCCCUCGAUCAUCCUCAGCGCGUGGAAACAUCCCAUCCAGAAACCAAGAGUCCACUGCUAAUUAGCCUCGAAGGAUUCCAAAUUGCUGCCCCUCCUGGUAAGAAGUGUCAGUGCCACAUUGACCACAUCCAGCAGACACAGCACAACCAGGAGCAGAUGCCCCAGCAGAAUCAGAUGCAUCAUCAUCGUAAUCUGUAUCACGAGCACGAGCAGUUCAGUCAGGACAAGAGGGGUGGCCCCGAAGGGGAGGACAAUGCUGAUAACAUGGCAGUUGUUGUCUCGAGGAUUCAUCAACCUCCUGCACUACCACCCAGACCACCACCCAGAACCAACAGAAUAUACGACACAUCCGCUUAUGACAAUCGCACUGAUAAUGGGGAUGGUGGCUGCUGCAAGAAGUAUGUGGUCUUGUGCUGUCUCUGUGGGGCUCUCAGUGCUGCUGUUGGCAGUCUAUUCCUUGCUGUUCAUGCUGUUUUGUCCGCUCACACUGCCAGUCUCAUGCAUUUCGAGACUGUGCCUUCCUAUAUCCCUGGCACAAUGCUCAUACUCAUGGGUUUCUUCACAAUGCUCCUCGCCAGGCGGAAGCAUCGAUACGGUCUUCUGAUGAAGGUCUGCGGCUCGGUCGGGGUUGUUUGCGCCCUGGUGUGCGUUCUCGUGACAGUAACGACAACGGUUGUCCACAUGUCCAAGUUACAGAGCCUCCGUGAGUGCGUGUACACAGCAAGAGCGAGAUCCUGCACGUGUUAUGGUACAUCUCAAAGUAGAAGCGAAGAUACUGGGGUUCUCUUCGAAGGUACACCCCACUGUGAGGCUGUGCAUGGGGCCCUUUAUGCCUGCUUGAGAGCUUUAUUCGGUGUUUCAGUUGCUGGUAUACUGGCAUGCAUAUUCUCCUGCAUGCUGGUGUACCAGUUGCUCAGCCAUGAGAAGAAAAAAAUGUAUUGGGAGCAGCUGGAACUGAGAUGUAGAUCACUGUACGGUCAGGGGGGUGGGGCGCCUGUUGGUGGAACAACAGCAGGUUCUUGUGGAUGCUGCAACGACUGCGGUGGUGUUAGUCCCUGGUGGGCACAAACCCCUGGGAAUUUGUACACUCCAAAUCCUGAUUUGGCCCCGUCUAGAAGAUGGCGGCUGCCUUGGUCACGCUCACGGGGUCCAGCACCGAGUCCUGACUCGAACUAUGGCUUUCAUGCACAGUCCCUCAGACACGCGAAUGAAUUAAAUGAGCAAUCGCGCGAUGUCACAACAGCAAUAUCAGCACCCUAUGGUUUCAUCGACUCACGUCAAUCAGCCGGCCCCUACUCCGUCCUCAAUCCUCAAAAUAAUUCCUACACACCUAGUACAGCGUCAUACAGUGUCUUGGAGGCACCGGUUCCCCUUUGGGGACCUCCACCACCGUACAGUGAUCCCAAUAGUCCAGCUAGGAGACCGCAGAUUGUUGAGCCCAAGGGUUCAUCAUCUGGUGGCUCAUCCUCGGGCAUACCGACAACCCCAGCUGGAGGGGCAAUUGCCACACCCUCGAGGUUGGCCAGUGUCAAGAGGACUGGGGAUAAUUUUGAGAGCAGCGAAGAUCACAACGUUCAAAGGACUCCUCAGCACUGCGCACCAACUGACAAUUACGAGAAUACAGAGGAGUUGUCCCCUCCGGAGCUGGAGUGUACGGGGGUUCAUGAGAGUACAACAAUGAAGGCGCGUCGAUCUAGAAGAGCUCUUAAGGGAGUGGAGAACGAUGCGUUCCAGCAGGAGCAGAAUCACCAACUGUCCUCGACGAAACAAUCGGAGAGUGAACUCUACUUCGGGGAUGUGUCCUCGUGCUGCGGCCCUGAGAGCAGUUUGUACGAGAUGGCAGUGGAGAAGGAGUUGAACUCGAGAAUGGAUCAGGAUGAUCUCCAGCAGAAGGAGUACAUGGCCUCGAGGAUGAGUAAGCACAGGCUGUCGAAAAGGAAUCGUCUGCCUCUGCCUCUGCCACCGGGUCAGGCAUCGCCUCAUCAGGAACUGCUGGAUGGUAAUAAUGACAGGAAUUAUACCAAUGGAGAGGAGUCUCUGGCAUCGUCAGGGGCUUUUUUAGCUCCUGAUGCUCAGUAUGAAGUGAUACAGCAAGGCGCAAGGUAUGGAUUCUACGCCAGAAAACCUGAGGAGGAGUUCCGAGAACCUCCAGCUGGCUACGGAUUUUACAGGGAUGCACCUGAAACUGAUAACUCCAUUCGUGAAUACAGGUCGAGGGACGACGAUAGCCAGCAGUCCCAAGAGGAUUUGGGUAUCGAUAAAUUAGGAAGGAGAGAGCAUCAGUGUUGCUCUAAUAGUGUCAAUGAUCUUGAAACGGAAUGGCAGAGUGUCGAGCAGAAAUUAAAAUCCGAUGAUGGAGUUUGCCCGAUUAAUGUUUAAAGACUGGGAGGAAAACAGUGAAAUUUUGGAGACUGGUGGAUUGUUGUCUUUAGGGGAAGUUUAACCGAUUUUUCAGGGACACUGCCCUUUGGAAAUUUUUUGAGAUAUCUUCGGAAUUGGGGAUAAAAUGAAAUCGAGUUUGUUUCUGGUGAUUUUGGUGCGGGUAUUGAAAGAUAAAUCGGUGAAGACGAAAUGCGUGUAUUUAAAACUGAAAUGUUUACAUAAAAAAUCGAGGGUUGACUCGACUAAAGUUGUUCGGGGUGUCAGAAUCCCCCCGGAAUUUCGUGAGAGAAAUUUUCUUGCCAUACUUUUGAAUUUUAAUCGGUGAAAAUCUGUGAAUUGAAAGAAAUGAGAAUGAAGAAUGUAAGAGAAAAAUCGAUUAUGAUAAAAAGAUUUCUGAGAGCACCGAAAAUUUUCGCGAAAAAUGAACGGUGUGUUGUUGACUUCUCUGAAACAGAGAUAUUAGAUAAAAAAUAAAAAAAUUAAAGAGUAAAGCUGUUUAAAAGCUCACGACGAUGAGGAGAAACUCCUGAUUGCCAUUGUAGUAUUGCACUUGUAGAAAUUUCGAAUGUAGUUAAUGAGCAACAAUAAUGCCAAUCGAAAUGAGUCACGAAGGCGAGCAAUGCCCGCCGAUGGACCAAGGACAAUACCAAUAUGGAACAAAUAACAUUAACCGGAUAACAAAUCAUUAAUGUAAUGUACUCUUAUUAUCCUUAAAUGGUGAUUGUCGCACAAAGAAAUCCCACAAUCUGACAAUGCGUAUUAAAGUACACGAAUUCGUAAUUUUACAGAGAACCGUUGACACUCAUAUUUUGUAACAAAUUGACUGAUGAAUAAAUAGAGAAUAUAGAGCCCGCUGAUGAGGGGAUAGAGGUAUAAGAAAUCAUUAAAUUAAAAUAUCGAGAAUUUCGAUGCGCGUGUUCGGAGUCUUGCAAUAGUUUAACGUUGAAUACUAUCGUUAUUAAGCUAAAGUGUACCUUCACGUAGGCUUUCGAUCGGAGAGCGUGC